CGUCACUCUCUGCUGCUCGCCGCCAUCACACUGUCUCGCCUGCGCUCCUCUCAUCUCCACCUCGCGCACCUCGGGCCAUGGCUGCGCACACCUGCCUCUAGUCUGCCGCCUGCACCGCACCUUGCCUUCCCUGUUACUCGCCUUUCCACGCUUCCGCCUCGCGCGCCUUUUCUUCUCUUCGUCGCGCCUCCUCCACACGCUGCCGCGCAGCAGAGGCGCACACGCGCGCCGGCCCUCCGCCGCCGGUGUCCUUGCUGCUGAGCAGCAGCAGCACGGCUCGCCAUGUCAUCUGCGCUGCCCGCACUCGCCCGCGACGGCUCGUCCGGCUCCGCGCUGCUCACGCCCAGGCGCCCGCCGCGGCCGCCGCGCGCUCUCACCAGCGACGGCACGCCUGCGCGCGGCGGCCUCAAGCCCGCGCUGGCGGGGCAGGCCGAGCGCCUCGGCACCUCGCACGAAGGCAGCACAGACUACGACCUGACGCCGCGCAAGGGACACCUGCCCACGCCGCCGCAGAGCGAGACGACGAGCAGCGGCAGCGGCAGUGCGCGUGCGGCGUCGCGCCUGCGCACCGACAUGGCACGCUCGGCGACGCAGAGCUCGGCGGGAUCUGCGGGGCGACGCAGCGAGGCGGGCAGCACGUCGAUCAGCUCGGGCUCCAUGCGGCGCAUGAAGGUGGCUGAUGUGCAAAUAUCGCCGCCAGCCUCGCCGCCGCAGUCGCUCGGCCGAGGCGAUGUCAGUCGGCGCAGCUCGACGUCUACGAUGCGCACCGUCGAGUCUCGCGAUGAGGCAUUCGCACGGCGGGCCCCGCCCUCAGCGGCGCAGAACGGCUCGCACACGGCCGGGCGUGCCAGCGCCGAGCGCGUGCGCAGAAGCGCGCGCCACGAACAGGAGAUCACGCAGAUCCGCUCCGAGUCGCGCGCGGGGCGCUGGGGCGACGAGUCGGACGAGGAAGGCAGUCGCGCUUCCAACGGACAGCUGGCUUCGAGGCCCAGUCCUGGCCGAAGAGGCACGCUCACCGCGCAGUCGAGAGGCGGCGCAGAGAGCAGCACGGCGACGGACACGUCCGGCACGGAAGGUGCAGGCCCUGCAGCUGGGCGUCGACGCUCGCGCAAGAAGAGCUCUGCAGCCAGCUCCUCCAACAGUCGCAAUGCGGGCGCGGCACGGCACGCGCGGCAGCAGAGCUCCACGAGCCAGGCGGAAGAAUGGGUGCGCAGCGACUCGCGGCGCUCGACGCUCGACUAUGGCCCAGCACGGCGCAUCAUUAGCCCACGCCUUGGCUCCGAAGCAUCCACCGAACGCUUCUCGGGUCGCUUUGCGUCGCAGUGGAGCGACGAGGUCGUCUCGAGUCCGACAGAGGGAGAGAGGCAGCCCAACUUUGCAGCAUCGGCGACGCUGUCGCGCAUUUCGCCGCGUCGCGCUCCGCUGCCGCUCGAGUUUCGUGAGCAGCCGAGCACUGCGAGGCAGGCCAGCCUGCAGAACCGCUUCCGCAGCAGCUCCAUCACGAGUGCGUCGGAAGAGCAGGACACGAGCACCGAGAGCAUCGCGGCAGGAAGGAGCAGCCACGACUUGUCGUUCGAGACGAGCUCGGGCCUGGGCAGUCGCCGCGUGCCGUCGAGCUUUGCCGGACGACGCCGCCAUGCGUCGGACGCCAAUGAGUUGCCGAAUGGCAACUACGACGGACGCGCGGGCAACCAGAGCAGUCGCCUCUCCGUCGACAGCUCGUCUGCCUCGCGGCAUCUGGCACGCACUCGGCACAGUGCCUCUGCCGCCGGGGUGCCGCGCAGUCCGCGCGAAGAGAUGCCCGAGCUGCCGCCGCUCUCGCCCAGCGAAAUCAUUCGCCAGCGCAAAGUCUCGUCGUCGUCUGCGCGCUCCAGCGGCAGCGCCUCGGAGCUGCUGCGCACCGCGUCGCGCGCCAGCUCGCGCCUCGUGCACGGCAGAGACGUGUUCGACGAGGCGCCGCCGUCGAUGGACCGGGCGGAACGUCUGCAGAUGCUGAGGCAGAGGCAGGAACAGAUGCGCACUGUUGGCACAAAUACGGAGAGGCGAUCUGACGUGGACGAGCUGCGCUCGCAGAUCAACGACUUGGCCAUGACGAGUACGCCGCGGAGCGACUCGCGCGCCUCGAGUCGCGCCUCGGUGCGCCCUGCGUCGACGUACAGCACGCGCACGCACGACGUGCUGGGCACUGACCGCGCCGCCUCGCGCGCGUCGUUCACCGAGCCGCGCCAGAGUGCCGCGCUGCAGCGUCGACGGCCCUCGGUGACGGAGCGCGGCUUCGAGUCGGUGCGAGGCGCGGCGCCGCGCAACCACGAGGAGCUGGGCCUUCGCUCGCAGAGCCGCGCCUCGGAGCUGCCGCUCAGACGCUUCACGACGACCAACGACUUUCCGGAGCGCGCACCGGCCACGCCAGACGCCUCGCUUGGCCGGCUGGGCUCGCAGUCUGCCGUGCUGCCGAGCUCUGCACGCUUUGCCUCGAGCAGCACCUCGGCCUCUGCGGCAAAGCUGGCGGAUGCCAACAACAUGAUGCACGAGCGCAACCUGCAGAACGCAUUUAGCAUCUUUGAUCGCCACUUUGCCGGACCUGCCACGCCCUCGACGCCCUCGCGAGGAGCGGAGUGCAGCGAGCUGGUGAGCCACUUCCGCGAGGUCACGGCGGCAGCGACGCGCAUCAACGUGGAUCUGCGCGCCGUCGUGCAGGAGGUGGUGCAGGCACAGAUCGAUGCCGAGCUGGCAGAGAGCGCCCAUGGACGUUCGACUGGCGCCGCCGCGGCAUUCGAGCACAUUGAUCGGGCACUCUCGCAGGUGCUGAGGCAGAGCGACGAUCAGCUGCGCAGCCUCUGCGACGGCCUCAUCGCCUUUACGCGCGCCGAGCGCGAGCGCGACCGCAUGCGCCGCGUCAGCGAGAACGGCAGUGUCACGUCGUCGUCGCGGCCGCUGAGCCGCAUGUCGCUCAGCCAGCAUACGAGUCCAGUGCGCCCGCAAAGCAAGGCCGAUGCUCGCCAGGCGCCGCCGGCGUCGCGCACGGGCAAGCACAGUCCGACGGCAAGCAGCACGUCCGAGGCGCGCAGUGCACACAGCCACAGCUCGGCCGGCGACCGCGGUGCCGCCAGCAGUCCCAGUGUGCGAGCUGCGGCCGAGCAGCGCCACCGAAGGCACUUUACCGAUGCAAGCGCGGCGUCUUCGUCGUCGUACGCCUCGCCCACGCCCGCCGGCCUCAAGCUCGCGGCCGCCUCGCCGACGCUCAACGUGCCGCCGCGCGUGCGCUCGACGCUCUCGCGCGCGCACUCGCGUGCGGCGUCAGAGGUGCUGGCCCACGCCGCCUCGCACGCUGCCGAGCACGGCGGCACUGGGCGGCAGCGCGAAAGCACCGCAGGCACGGUGCGGCCCUCCGAGACGCUCUCGCCGCAGCGCGCCACGCUCAGCUUCCCCACCGUCAGCGCGGCCACGGCGACGAUCUCGCGCGCCGAGGACGACUCGCUGAGCCGGGCGCAUGCGCGUGCCAGCGAGCCGAUGGCCCUGGCUUCCGCUGCUGCAGCAGAUGCGGCGGCGCCGUACGACUCGCCUGGCGCCGCGCUCUCGAGGCGCAACACCAUCUCCACGAGCCCGGCCACGCAGCGCAUGUCGCGCGACUUUACGCGGCCUCCGCGCCACGACUUGAUGCAGCCGGACGAGCAGCAAGACGAGAGCGGCACGUCGACGCAGAGUGCCUCGACGAUGCGCCGCAUGCUCUACCUCUCGCGCGGGCGCUGAGUCGGCCCCCCUCGUCCCUCUCUUCUCCUCUCGACGACGGCAGCAUCACGUGGCAGGCCCGCUGAUGACUUGCCACUCUGCAACUAGAAUCGCAUUUGUCGCUUCUUCUAGCUAGCCAGCUAGCCCUUCUACUCUUCCUGCCAGUCGUCGGGCACCGCCGGCGCCGGCACGGCGGGGAUGUGCACGACGGAGGCGGCCGUGCCGUUGGGCUGGCGCAGCACGGUCGCUGUGCGCGCCGGG